AUGCCAGGAUCUCACCGGUUGCUUCGUCAGGAUCUCGUCAGGAAAAACACGCUCAGCUGCUCAGCAGGUAGCUUCUUGCAGGAAGCUGCAGACGUGGCAGACAAAAGACUUCACCUGGGUCUGAAGACUCCACCCUCGGUGAGGCAGAUUUGCCAUGGGAUCCAGUGGGUCAGCUGCGGCACCCACGCCAGCCAGGUGCAGGUAGCUGUCAGUAUCAUUAGCAAGUCAUACCUGGCGCCACACCUGCAGCUGGUACAGGAUGGCCUGUCGGGUCCCUGCAGCCCCCCAGGUCCGCAUCGACAUUCUCGCCACCUGGCCACCGCCAUCGUAGAAGAGUACAGUUGUGAAUUUGGCUCCAUGAUCUUAAGUUGUGGGCUGAUACACACUGCUGUUAUUCCCCUGGAUUUAGUAAAAUGCCGCAUGCAGGUGGGCCCUCAGAAGUACAAGGGCAUAUUUAAUGGAUUCUCCAUUACACUGAAAGAAGAUGGCGUUCAUGGUUUGGCUAAAGGAUGGGCCCCAACUUUGUUUGGCUAUUCCAUGCAAGGGCUCUGCAAAUUUGGCUUUUAUGAAGUCUUCAAGGUCAUGUAUAGCAACAUACGUGGUGAGGAGAACACCUACCUGUGGCGCACAUCUCUAUGUUUAGCUGCUUCUGCCAGCACUGAAUUCUUCGUUGUCAUUGCCUUGGUUCCUCUGGAAGCUGCUAAAGUUCGAAUUCAAACCCAGCCUGGUUAUGCCAACACGUUGAGGGAAGCCAUUCCCAAAAUGUAUAACGAGGAAGGCUUAAAUGUGUUCUACAAGGGUGUUGCUCCUCUGUGGAUGAGACAGACCCCAUACGUCAUGAUGAAGUUCACCGGCUUUGAAUGUACUGUUGAAACUUUGUACAACUUUGUGGUUCCUAAGCCCCGAGGUGAAUGUUCAAAGGCAGAGCAGCUGGUUGUGACAUUUGUGGCAGGAGUCUUCUGUGCUGGAGUUUUCUGUGCGAUUGCCUCCCACCCUGCUGACUCUGUGGUCUCUGUGCUGAAUAAAGAGAAAGGCAACACUGCGUCUCAGGUCCUGCAGAGGCUUGUCUUUAGAGGUGUGUGGAAGGGGCUCUUCCCCCCCCCCCCCCCAAUCAUCAUGAUUGGCACUUUGACUGCACUGCAGUGGUUCAUCUAUGAUUCUGUAAAGGUCUACUUCAGUCUCCCUCGCCCUCCUCCACCUGAGAUGCCAGAGUCUCUGAAGAAGCAGCUCGGGUUAACUGAGUAGAUACAUCAAAGUAACCUGGACUGAAUCUGCUUGUUGAUCAGUGUUGAAAGUGCAAAGGAACUUUUAUAUGUUUGA